AUGGGUUUUAAUGCUUCAAAUACCCUCCGGCUUCGAAUCGCAAGGUACUGGUCAUUAAUUCAUCGAAAUUACACUGUUCUCGGAAUAGAAACGAGGUAUGUUUAAAAUUAUGCGUUGAGCGUUAUAUAUUUAGUUGCGAUGAUACUUGUGCUGCAAUUUUGGACAGUGAGAAGGGGAUUCUGGCUUCUCGAAGAGAUCAGAACUGGGUGUCUCAACAAAAUAUCGGCGGAAUUAGCCCGUUUUUGGCCGCACAGAACCACCGCCGGUUAAUUGAUCGGCAAGUCGACGAGGUCCUAAGUGGGGCAAAGCUGAGGUAUCAAGAUCUUGACGGAGUGGCCGUAUCAAGCGAACCUGGGCUUGUAAUUUGUUUGAAAGUUGGAGUGGACAAAGCUUUGGCCAUUUGUAGGUAUAAGAACACUGUAUACACUCUAUUUCAAAAUGAUAGGAACCUUUAUAAAAUCCGUAAUUGCAAUAUCGAGGUUCCCUUGACGGAUACGAAACCUUUACAGAUUUAAAGUGGAGGUUUGAAAACGUACACUAAAAGAUUAUUUAUUUUUCACUUUAAACGAAAGUUUUUCCAAAUUUUGGGCGUUUCAAAAUGGUAGGAACCUGUACUGUUUUGCUAAAAAACUUGUGUAUAUGAUCCCCAGAGUGUUUGCAAUUAUUAAUAAGGGGUUGAGCCCGAACUCUCCCCCUUUUCUGAACCUUCCCCCUUACGGACUCUCCCCUUUUUUGAACACUCCCCCUCACUUUGCAAAUUGAAAAAAUAGGGUGUGAGAUGUUUUACGAUGAAAAUUUUUUGCAAAUUGAAAAAAAUAAGGUUGGCAUGUUAUAUUUUAUUUUAAUGUUUUAUCAAAAAUUAUACAGGGUGGGCCACUAAAACCUUCCGUCCUCUUUUUUUAGAUUUCUCCGCGGAGACUCCGCCGAUUUUCAUGAAAUUUAGAUUUUUCUGGAGCUGAGAUGCGCCAUUUUCAACCGGUUGAAUUUGAAAAAAAAUAUCCUGAAUUGACCUUUCUAUGCCUUCCCAAAGUUUUUGAAAAUUUGUCAAAUUGUUAAAAUUUAUUCCGAAGCGCGUUUUAAACUUACAAAUUACAUCCCUAUUCAUUUGAAACGCACUAGAAGUUAUUGGUAACCAAUAAUUCAACAUUAUCUCUAAAAAAAUUAGCAGCUAUUAUAUUUCAUCGUAUGACAUGUCAUACUAUACCUUAUUUUUUCAAUUUUCAAAAUGGGGAAAUGUUCAACAAAGGGGGGAGUUCGGGGUUUUUUGGGAGAGUUCAGAAAAGGGAGUUCGCCGGCAACGACGUUUGGUUUUUUGACGUUUUCUGGCGCUGGCCGUACGGAACUUACCUGUUAGACAUAAUGUACUGCACCGCAAGUGCAGAUUUUACAGGGGUUCUAUAAUUUUGAAACAGAGUGUAUAUCAUUCUACCUUUAGGGACAACCAAAUUCCUUUUAUUCCUGUGCAUCACAUGAAAGCUCAUGCCCUGAGCGCCCGAUAUGCUCACCGUGAAAUAGACUUCCCUUUUGUGACAUUGUUGAUAUCCGGAGGGCAUUCGAUUAUCGCCUUAGCAAAAGAUGUGGACAAUUUCCAAGUACUGGGUACUUCUAGAGCAAGUAGUCCGGGUGAGACCAUAGAUAAAGUUGCAAGGACAAUGGGGUUGUAUGCAAAACCGCAUUAUGGAGUACAGGUUGAAUCCUUGGCGAGCAGGUUUGGCUUGUAUCACAUAAUUUGGGUAUCUUUUAGCUCAAACGCCAUCAUGAAAUACGUUACUGUAAUGCCUUCUGUUUGUGGAGCUGACAUGGAUUUUGCGUCGUUAAGAGAGAGGUUUCUGCAUGCUCUCAGGACAAUUAACGAUAUAAAUAUCAACGACUUUUGCUGUAAUUUGCAGGUAAGAUCAUACUAGACAUAGAAAUAAUAUGUUAUACAUAUCAUUCAGCACCUUGUUACCGCUCAUCUGUGCCAACGGUUAGAUGUUGCAUUGGCUUUUGUAAACCACGAGCACUUAUGUGAAUCAAGCCAAAAAUCAUUAGUAAUCGCGGGUGGCGUCGCGGCUAAUAAAUACAUCCGACGAUGUGUGGAUAAUGUAGCUAGCCAUUGGGGGUUCAAGACCUAUGUUCCGAUAAACCAAAUGGUCACAGAUAAUGCUGAAAUGAUUGCAUGGACGGGAAUUGAGUUGAAAACGAGGUAAGAUUUGCGGUUAGCAUAAAAGUAUACAGGGUGUAUCAAGAAAUGCAGUUUUUUUUCUUUUGUCCAGUUUUUACGUGCAGCCAAAUGAUUUUGUACUAUUGAAUAUUUGGCCGUUUCAAAAGUAUGGCUACCCUUACUUACAAUUUCUUAGCUAGGUAGCAGCGACAUGUUUUUGACAUUGUGUACCAUGUCCAACUACUUUCAAAUGUUAAAAAUAGGAACAUAAAUGCUACAGGCAAAUUAUGAUAGGCAGAUUCAGAGUCUGCAACUGCAAAACCUAUAGAUACUCUUCAUUAGAUGGGUUAACGAGCAAUGCACUUUUAACAGUCGGCUUAAAAUUUAUCGGUGGAAAGAAGCCUAUUUUUUCCUAUUUUUGGUAUGAUUUUAAAAGAUCGACUGUACAGUGCUGGGUCUUGUUCGUUUAUGGCCAAGUAAUAGAAAUAUAGGUUCUAAGGGAUCUUCACUAUGAAUCUGCAUAUCAGAAUUUAGCACAAUCCAUGCAUUUUGAGGUUCAAAAUGUUCACAAUGCGAAGCCGUUGGUAUUCAUGGUUUUCACGUCCGUAAAAUUCGUUGAAGUUGUUGUACAGGGUGUUUCAAGAAAUUUGGAACAAAUGAUUUGCUUAUAUCUUUGUGUUCUUUGCACCUAUCAACGAAUUUCUUUUCGCUUCUAAAAAUUGACAGCGUGCGUUUUCAGAAUCUCAAAAAAAAUUUUUUUUCGUCGGCGGAGGGCCCAUUUCUCGGCGGAGAAAAUUAGGGCCUUUUUUAAAAAUCACAGCGUAUUACGUGGCGGAAACGCCGUUGCAACGGCUGAAAUCGAGUUUACGUAAUACCUCCAUCGAUUUUACGGUAUGCUUUUUUUGCGUUUUCGAUUUUACGCACUUCCGCGGAUGCGCGGCGGAAACCUCAGAUUUCGGCGGACGUUGUUUUUGGCCUUUGGUUUUUGCAAUUCAUGUUGGAAAAGGAGGUUUGGGUGAUUUUUUGUUGUCAUCCGAUGCACAGAUGGCAAAAAUUUCGUGCUCUUUAUCCCCGGCGGAGGAGUCGGCGGAGGCUUUAUCAAAGGGUAAAAACAAAACUCCGCCGAUUUGUCCGCCGGACCAAAAAAAUCAAAAAUCUUUGAAAGACAAUGCUGCUCUGAUGGAUUCUUGUAGCUGAGAUUUUUCCCGGACUCGUAAGACUGCUUUGACCCUUUGAUAAAGCCUCCGCCGAAUCCUCCGCCGGGGAAAAAAGCACGAAAUUUUUGCCAUCUGUGCAUCGGAUGACAACAAAAAAUCACCCCAACCUCUUUUCCAACAUGAAUUGCAACAGCCGAAGGCCCAAAACAACGUCCGCCGAAAUCUAAAGUCUCCGCCGCGCCUCCGCGGUGCGCGUAAAAUCGAAAACAAAAAAAUGCAUACCGCAAAAUCGACGGAGGUGUAACGUAAACUUGAUUUCAGCCGUUGCAACGGCGUUUCCGCCACGUAAUACGCUGUGAUUUUUAAAAAAGGCCCUAAUUUUCUCCGCCGAGAAAUGGGCCCUCCGCCGACGAAAAAAAAUUUUUUUUGAGAUUCUAAAAACGCACGCUGUCAAUUUUCAGAAGCAAAAAGAAAUUCGUUGAUAGCUGCAAAGAACAAAAAGAUAUAAGCAAAUUAUUUGUUCCAAAUUUCUUGAAACACCCUGUAGUUGCAGUUUCUCAAGUUCUAUGUUGGUUCCAUUUUAGACAUCCUCUGUCCAGAAAUAGAGCAUCUAUAGUAAUGUAUUACUGUUGCUCUUUACUUUUUAUUGCACAGUGCAAUACUGCAGUGCGAAUGUGCACCUUCGUUUUCGCACAGCGCAUGUCGCAAAAAUCACUCCAACGACUUUGCGAAUGGACUAAUUCGCAAGCUCUAUUUUACCGAUGGGGAUUGUUAUUUUUUAAAAUAAAAUGUAGCUACAUAUUGCGCAAUAACAAUAGGUUGCAUUUUUUUUUGAGACGCCCAUGUAAUGUUUCUUACUAUGUUAUUUUCAGGUCCUCCAAAAUAAUUUGUCCAAGCGAACUGCCGUUAUCUUUCCAUGUUGAGGCCAAGUCACCUUUGGGAGAGGAUAUCAGCGAUAAAGUCAGGGUAUUUAAAUACAAACAAAGAUUGAGAGUAGUCUCAAUUCGCCCAGAGUCCAAUCCACUUUUAUACAGGAAAAUAA